GCUACCAAGUACCGGAAAUUUAGCCGAUGACCAUGCAAGGUUCGUGCAACUACCUCCCUAAUUGGUGCAGCACCCGGUGCGAAUACCUGCACGCCUGACGAUCAGGAUGCAAGUGCUCGCCAAAGACCGGGAACACCGUCACGUCACGCUGCAGGUUGCUAUGGUGCCAGCCCUCGGCUUGCCACUAAUUGCCAGGUACAAGAAACUAAAAUCCGCAAGCUCUCCCAACAUUAUUCAUCAAUCCGCCACCACUCAGUUUCGAGAGUUAUCGAGUCGUCGUUAUGAGAGAAGUUGCAGGAGCUUGGUGGUUGAGUGCGUUGUCGACAUGGCUAUGUGCGACCGCUGCAUUGGCCGCGCAGCCAACCGUCACGGUACUCAAUGGAACGUAUGAAGGCUUAUACCUACCUUCAUUCGAUCAAGACAUCUUCUUGGGGAUUCCAUAUGCGCAAAACACAGGUGGACAAAAUCGUUUCCGGAUUCCGCAAUCUCUGAACACGACUUGGAAUGGGACACGCACAGCUAAGCAAUACGGCCACACAUGUCCCGACCCUACAGAUGCCCAGUUCGGCAUGAGCGAGGAUUGUCUUAGCAUCAACGUUGUGCGCCCAGCUGGACUCUCCCCGGGGGACUACGCGAAGUUACCUGUGGCCGUUUGGAUCCACGGCGGCAGCUAUCAAGUCGGCACAAGUGCACUUCCGAAUUACAAUUUGACGUAUAUUGUACAAAGGAGCGUGGAGAUUGGCAAACCUAUCAUUGCUACCAGUAUCAACUACCGGAAAGGAGGAUGGGGCAUGCUCUACUCGCGAGAAAUCCAGGGCAGUGGGCAGACGAAUCUUGCACUGCGAGACAUGCGGAAGGGCCUUGCAUGGAUUUCAGAAAAUAUCGCAGCCUUUGGCGGCGACAAAGACAGCGUCACCAUCUGGGGCGAGUCAGCCGGUUCCUUCGCAGUCGGACAACUCCUCAUAAGUUACGGCGGACGGACAGACAACCUCUUCCACCGCAGUAUUCAAGAAUCCGGCUCUGUGGCUACAGCAUGGUAUAAUGUCUCAGACUGGUAUCAACCCAUUUACGAUCACAUCGUCGACAAGGCAAAUUGCACAGACGAAGUCGACACGCUUGACUGCCUACGCACAGUCCCAUACGAAUCUAUAUCACCACUGCUUGCAUCAGCAAUUCAAGGCCCAGGCUGGUAUCCAACCGUAGAUGGCGAUGUGAUACCCAACUAUCCAACAGAACUACUGCACUCCGGCCGCUUUGCACACAUCCCGCAUCUCUACGGCACAAACUCCGACGAAGGCACCGACAACGCCCCCGCAGGCGGCGUCAUAAACAACGACACGCAACUCACCGCCUUCCUCAAAGGAAGCACAGGUUUCGGUUUCCCCGAUGCUGUCGUCAAGAGGAUCACAGAGCUGUACCCUGAUGAUCCCGCGCAGGGCAUACCGCUGAACACGGGAGCAGAGCGGUUUUCUCAGCAAGGUGUGCAGUUCAAGCGCAUUGCGGCGAUUAUGGGCGACGUGUUUUAUCACGCUACUAGGCUCGAUGAUGCGCGGUGGUAUUCCAAGUUUGCGCCCACAUACAUUUAUCGGUUCAACACUAAGCCGUGGCAAAACAAUCCCAUCGCUACCCAAGGCGGUGAAGCGCCUGCGUGGAAGGGCGUUAGUCAUUUCAGCGAAGUGGCGUUUGUCUUUGCGAACCCGGCGUUCUAUGGGCCGUGGGCAGAGUAUAGGGCGUUGAGCGAUCAGAUGAGUGCGCAGUGGAUCAACUUUAUUGCUGGAGGGAGUCCGAACGCUGAGGGCUUGCCGAAUUGGCCCAUGUAUAAUGUGAGUAAGAAUGGAUUGGAUCUGGUGAUUCAAGCUAAUGGACGCGGUUACAACGGGAGCUACGUCGAGGAGGAUACUUGGAGGUUAGCCGGGCGGGAGUAUUUGAUCAAAUGGGCGAGGAGAAGGCAUGUUUGAUUGUGUAAUAAUUUUUUGCCGCGGAUAGCUUUUCAAAGCACCACGCGGUCCGAUCUUGAAAAGUUCAAUU